CCACAACAUGACAUUCUCAAAACAAGUUAGCAUCUUUAUGUUCCUCUUCUGCUUCCCUCUCCUAAACGCCUCAGAAGCAAAACGUUGCUACAGUUCCUCAUGUGGAAACGUCGACGUUCGUUUCCCUUUCUGGCUCUUCCCCAAGCAAUCUUCGACCCGUGGCCACACAGGACUCAACAUCCUAUGCACCGAUCGCCACGAUACAGCAUUAAAGCUUCCCAACACGGGACUAUUCCUCGUCCGAGAUAUCGACUCUGAAAAACAGCUUAUCCGCCUCAACGACCCUAACAACCGCAUGGCCAGACGACUCCUCAGCUUCGACGCUUCAGGAACUCCUUUCUCUCCUCUCCACCUUCUCAACCACACCAUCUUGACCUGUCCUAGCGAGGAUAUCAAAUCCUCCUCCCCUUACACACCCAUCAUUUGCUUUGGUAAUUCAACGUCCUCCUUCUUCGCCACUCGUUUUGAUCUCGCGAGUUCGAUGCCGUCCUCUUGUCAAGUCUUCAAGACAUUACUCCUUCCUGUUUCUUCACUAGUCGCUGUUCACCUCAACGAUCAAGACCUCUGGCUGAAAUGGGACUCACCGAGUGGCAGAGAUUGUGAGGGUAGCAGCUCGUUACGUGGGUUCAAAAACAAUAUCACUCGAGAAAUCAAAUGGUUCAGUUCCUUCAAAUCUGGACUUUACAACUUCAUUUUACUAAUACUGAAGUUGAUCUGUCUCUCCCUAAUGACACUACUCUUCGGAAUAACUACUUGUGUGGUAUAUGUCACGUUCAGUUUCGAGUGGCUCCCUACUCAGAUACGACGAUCAUUGGCACGGCAUGCCACUCGCAAACCGCCUAGAGGUCGUGUUAGGUCUGCGAUUGUUGGAGCGUACAAGAAAGUGAAAGUAGAGAAAAAUAUGAAGCUGCCAGGGAAAAAUAACAACAUAUGUUCCAUUUGUUUAUCAGAAUACGCGAGCAGUGAAACCGUUGGAUGCUUAUUAAUAUGUGAACACUGCUUUCACGUCGAAUGCAUCGAUACGUGGCUCCAGUUGCGUAGCUCUUGCCCGAUUUGUCGAAACAGUUCUCUCCAUUAGGUGAAGUUUGUGACUAGUUGAUGUUGUUCAAUUGACUCUAUCGAAAAGAGUGGAAAAAUUACGUUUGAUAUUCCAUCUCUAUGCAUGGUAACGUAUUGUGCUCCUUUUUAAUAUUAUGUAAUAACCCUUUUAGAGCAUCAUUAACCAUAGAGACUCCUCCAUCUAGAUUCUAGACCAUGAACAGCUGUGGUUUCUCAACUGGUUUCUUUACAAUAAUAUAAUAGAAAAAAUUACAAAAUGAAAGAGAGAGUCCAAAAUGUUGAGAGACUUUUCAUGGGAGACCCACAAAAAAGUUACGAGCCUCCAUGCCACAUGUAAACGUUUUAGUGGUCUAGAGGUUAAAACAAAAUAGCUAUGAACAUUUUAUUGUUUUAAAGAGAUUGACUCACUUUUUGUCGAUGCGACGCUCUUCUUUAUUUAAUAACAAGACAUGAGCCCAUUGCGUUUCAACAUGUUUUGUUUGAUGUUUUAAUUUAAUAAAAAUUAUAAAAUAAUAAAACAUUUAGUUAUAGUUUUAUGCUUAUUUUUUGCAUAUGUUGUUUGAGAUUUAUUUUAUAAUUAAACUUGUUUUUACAUAUAAAUUCAAGUUAAUAUUUG